AGUGACAUAAGAUUUCAGGUUCCCCACAAAUUUUUUCGGCCAACCAAUCAUUGAUCGGAAAUUCCCCACCAAAAUUUUAGUAAAAUAUAUCUGCUUAAUCUUUUCCACCUUGACGGCGAGAAAAUUCUUCUAAAUAAAAAACAACUUACCACAAACGCACCCAACUCCAUUCUCGAUGAUGGACUUCGAUCCUUUCCACAUUUCAACAUUGAAAUCGCAAAUUGCAAGUACCGAAAGUGCUCUUGCGAGUCUUCAAGCCGAAAUCAAGCAAAAGGAGGAAGAGAAGCAAAGAAUGGAGUCUCAGAUAAUUAAACUUAGUGAAAAUAUUGCCUCAAAGGAUCAAACUAUUUAUGAUUUACAAACAAAAAUUCAAAUUCUGGAACAAUCCGUUAUGCAACUAACAAACGGCGCACGUGAAAAGGAAGACGCUAGAAAGAUGGCUGAUUUCUACCGGGAUGAGCUGGAAAAACGUGAAAAGGAAGUGGUUCUGUUGACAAGAGAAAGAGAUAUGUUGAAUUGGAAGUUGAUAUAUGAAGCGUCAUCUGAAAAUGAAGUGCAAGAAGAACGAAAUCAACUUCGGGAAAAGAACGAAAAAUUGACCAAAGAAAAUAGUGGCUUAACCAGCGAAUUAGAACACCUAACCAGGAAAAUCGAUAUCAUGGCCCGGCAAAAUUUGGAACUAUCGAAUGAACUUGAAAAGCGUUCCAAGCGCAGUGAUAAACUGAAAGCCGAUUUUGAAGAGGCCAUUCGAUCAAGAGACAGAGUACGUUCCGAAAUGGAAAAUAUCAAAAAGAAGCUCAUUGAGGUUCAGAAUUCCCUGAAAAAUAAUAUCGCAGUUCCAUCGAUCAAACGAAUGAGUAGAGCGAAAAGCAUCGAAAAACCACCGCCAUCCGUUUCACACAAACCAACAACCACACUAUCCCCCAUGAAGUUGGCACGGUCUGCGUUGAAUAACAAAAUGAAAGAGUCAUCAAGGACCUCUCGUCCUCCUCUGAGUCGCAUGGAGUCAUCUGUAGCUCCUCUCGCACAGGAUAUCGAGAAGAAUACUGUUCGCAAGCUAGUUCGAAACAUUCAGAGCAGCUUCCUAUGCUCGCCGGUUCCAGGGACAAACACAAAGCCAUACAUGCUCGUCCAACCUGAGCAGCCUGACGAGGAGUCCUCUUUCGACUUCCUUUCUAGUGACGAUGUGAGCUCAGCAAGAAAGACUGCAGUGGAAAAUAUUCGCGAAAUUCUAGAAUCGAAGUUGCUAAAUGAUUCGAAAGAGAAGGUGCUCAGUGACACCUCCUCGGAAAAGGAAUUUUUUACCACAAUUAAAGAAUAUUAAAUAAUAUUAUUGCACUCAGCGCAAUUUCAUAUUAUAAUUUAUAAAUACCCAUAGACAUGCAAGAUAAAACCAAAUAAAAAUAGUAUAGGCACAAAUUGAUGAGAGAUUUGAUUAAUAUUGUCAAGUGAUUUGUUGUGCAAUGUUAGUCAUCUUGGUCACCAUUGGAUUGCGAAUAAGUAUCAAUAAAUAUUUUUAUAAACUGA